AUGGAGGACGAAAGACCUAUUCGACCACAGGUAGUUGAUGGUCCACAAAUUGGCAAGUCUGCUGGGAACUUUUUUCAGACAGACCAUGAUUUAUUAGUUCAAGAAAGACGAGCUGCGAAACGUGAUAACAAAGCGGGCGAACCUAUUGAAAUUACCUCAAAGGUUCUGUGUUUAUUGCCCGCUGAGGAUGAAAAAAAUACGUUGGAACAUGUGUAUGUGGGGGAGUCGGGGUUUUUAGCUAGAAAAAUAAAUAUAUCGACAGGAAAAACCGUUAAAUCGUUUAAAGGGCACACUGGUCCCGUUACUUGUCUUGGUCUAUGGCAUAAAAAUGGUGAAGAAUAUUUAAUCACAGGAUCAUGGGAUAAAACUCUGAUAAAAUGGAAUACCAAGACAAAAGAACAGUCAAAAAUCUUUACAAAGCACACAGAUUUUGUAAAAUCACUAACAAUAGCACAUACCACCGGCACACUAUACUCUGGAUCAUCAGACAGACUAAUACUCAGCUGGAACCUCAACGAUGGCGACCUUCUACCCGUCAUCAUGAAAGGACACACACGCGGUGUCGAAGACCUCGUACUUGAUGAAUCGGAAACGUACUUGUAUUCUGCGUCUUCGGAUAGUCAUAUACGAAAAUGGAACCCUACAACUGGAGAAUGCUUGCAAAUAUUUGAGGAUCAUUUGACGAGUGUUUAUUUUUUACGUUUGUUUGAUGAGGUUAUGUGGUCUGCUUCUGCUGAUAAGACUGUCAAAAGAUGGGAUUUAGAUACUGGUAAAGUAGAUACUACAUUCCCUCACCCUGAUUUUGUCAAAUGUUUGGCAGUAUUAGGACCAUACUUAAUAACGGGAGGACGUGACGAAGUUAUUCGUGUUUUUGAUAUUGGGACUGGAAAAACCAUAAAGGAGAUAGAAGGCCACUUUGACGAAGUGUCUUGUAUGGCAAUACGGGGAACAAUGGUGUAUACUGGGUCUCUGGAUUGUACUGUUCGGCGAUGGUCUGUCACUGCAAAAGAUCUCAUUCAAUCGAAUGAUGCCGAAAAAUCAAAAUCGGAAUACAAAUCAUCGUCGCUUUCAACCACAGCUACAAAAACGAAGCCGGACUUCUCAUUGUUAACCGAAGAGGAGGAGAAGGAAUUGGCUGAAUUAAUGGAAAGCGAUGACGAGUAA